AUGAUUUUCACUUAUUGACAUAUAAUUCCAGAUAAUUGAUGGGGUUGUUGGGCCUCGAUUCUGAAGCCGGAGCAGAGAAGGCGGAUGCGGGCGAGGAGGCCUCUUGCUGGCUUGCUGCGGCAGACAUGGCAGCUGAAAUGGAUGGAGUGCUAAUGGAAGAAGAAAAGGCGGCCGCUGGAGAAGCGAUGGCAGAGCAUCACGACGGUGUCGACGGUGACGGUGACGGUGACGGUGACGGUGACGGUGGCGGUGCUGAAAAGGAGUAGUGAAGGUCUUGCUUAGAUAUGAAGAUUCGGCAAGCUUACUAAUACAAGGUCUUCGUUUAGGGCUUUUAGAAGUAGAACUACGCUUGAGGAAGAAGAAACGGUGGGAAUAGAUGCCACUCGGGAAGUACCACUGCGACUACUGCGAUAAGCAGUUCCAAGACACGCCGGGCGCCCGCAAGCGCCACCUCCAGGGCCUCAGCCACCAGCGCGCCCGCGCCCUUUGGUACGACUCCUUCAAAGAGCCGCAUGGAGUAUCUCCUCUUUUCCAGCCUGAUGGAAGCCUGGCUAAGGGGGUUUGCCACCACUUUGUCCGAUCUGGGGUUUGCAAGUAUGGGGACGCAUGCAAGUAUUUUCACCCGAAGCCGGAUUCGCUCAAUCAUGCACGUUACGUGACAGAGCUGAGCUACCACCCAGACAUGCUACCAUUUCAGAAUAGUUCGGUUACUAAUUUUCAAUUAAGGGAGAAUUUAUCAGGCACAUCAACUAUCAUGAAUCAGGCAGGAAUUUCCUGGGGUAACUUGCCUCCAUCAUUAAGACCACCACCUCCAGAUGGUGGUCAUCCUCUUCCGUUUGUUGAUUGGGGAUAAAUCUUGUAGGGAAUAUUUGAGGUGGCCUGGAAAUAUGAAGGAUUUUUUCUUUGUAUGCAUUUAUGCAACUACGGGCAGUUCGCAGACUCCUUUUUAGCUUGCAUAAAAUAUUUUCCAAGAAGAUAUAAAAUUAUACUCAAAUGAAAUCUUUAGCCGACUAAGACCAUAUGGAAUGGUAGACUUACUAAGACUCAAAUUACAAUUUAUUCCAAGGAUGGUAAUUUAAACAUUGAUUUUGAAUUUUA